GCGUCACAUGAUGAACAGCUAUCCUACAGCUCAUCCGCUGACUUUUAUAUCUAGCUUUGCACCUGCUACAGCAUAUUGCCAAGAAACAUCACAUAUCAGAAGCUAAACCGAUGGAUUCAACCGACGGCUCAGAGCAUCAGCUGAUGGAGAUCACCAAGGUCGACCUCCGCGGACUGGAGCCUGGUGGGCCAGGCUGGGGGGAAGCCCGGGACGCGGUGACCGCGUCCAUGGUGGCGCACGGCUUCGUCGUCGUCGCGCACGACGCGCUCGGCCCGGAGCUCCGGCAGGCCCUGUUCGGCCGCGCCAUGCCGGAGAUCUUCGCGCUCCCGCUGGAGGCCAAGCAGCGGAACGCCUCUGCCGUGGGGCCGUUCGCAGGCUACAUCUCCAACAUCCCCGGCAUGAACUGGGAGAGCCUGCGCGUCUCCGACGUCACCGACGCCGGCCGCGUCCGUGACUUCACCGAUCUCCUCUGGCCGGAGGGGAACCCUGCCUUCUGCGACACAAUUGUGUCGGCAGCCAAGAACGUGUUUGAACUCCAGAGGAUGGUGGAGAAGAUGAUCCUGGAGGGCCUCGGCGUCACGGCGGAGCACAUAGACGCGCACUUUGGCGCGCUCGCCCACGCCGCCCGGCUGUCGCGCUACGGCGUCCCGCCCGAUCCGGAGACCAGCAUGUCCCUGCAGGCGCACUGCGACGACAGCGUGAUCACGACGAUCGUGCAGCACGAGGUGGAAGGCCUGGAGGUGCAGGCCAAGGAUGGGAGCUGGCUCGCCGUGCCGCCUGAUCCAGCAACGUUCGCCUUCGUGGCCGGCGAGUUGUUCCCGGUCGUGACCAACGGAAGGGUGCCGCCGUGCCUCCACCGUGUCAGGACGCCGAGCAACCGUGAGCGCCUGUCUUUGCUGUUCGGCUUCCGGGGGAAGGACGGCGUCGUACUGAGCGCCAUGGACGAGCUCGUGGACGGAGACCACCCUCUGGUGUACACACCGUGUAAGAACGACGAGUACACCAAGUUCCGGCACUCCGAAGAAGGGCGCAAAUUCAGUCAUCCAUUGAAGGCUUUCUGUGGGGUGAAGACGGAUGGAUCACCCAUGGAAUGAUCGAACUCGCGACUCAAUUUCACCUCGCCUCACCAUUCUCCUCCCUUCGCCUUACCACUCUCAGACUGUUAGAGGGGUAAUCAGGUGAAUGUCAUGUUUUAACAAUUAAAGUUGACAUAUGACGUUAACUAAAGUUGCCAUGAAAAUACUUUCGGAUUCCAUGCUUAAAAUCUGAACCUUCGAGAUUUGUCA